UCAAUGUGUACAGAAGAGAAAAAAGUUUGUGAAUUGUGUCGAUUGUUUACUCGAAAUAAUAUUGACUAGGUAGUAGACGUUUAAACAAAAUUAGAUAAAAGCGACGAAUAAUCAAGUUACCAAAUAGCGUUGUUAUCGAACGAAAUGAAUAUUCAAGUGCCCUUCAUUAUAAAAACGGAACAAAACGAUGGUUACAAUUACGGUGAAAUGUAUCAGCCACAAAUGGUUUUCCCCUAUCGGCCAUUACAUUUACCCUCUGCAGAAACACCCCACGCCGUCCAACCACCCGACGGUGGUGUAGGAGUGGAAAAUUAUUACUAUCAGGGAUACAAUAUGCCAUUACAAAUCGUACAAAAUGCACCACAAACCUUUCCAUCGGCAACAGUUGCUGAUGCAAACAAUCAACAAACUGAUCAAACAUCGACAGAUACAUCUCAGUUCGAGCAAAUGUCGAUGGAUAUUAAACGUAAGUUAGUGGACGCUGGCUACCAGUACCACGAAGAUAAGGACAAAGCUCUGAAGCCGUUUUCUUGCGAUGUUUGUCAUAAAUCAUUUGGCCGGUUAAGUCACGUACGAAGACAUCAACUGCUGCACACGGGAGAGAAACCAUUCGAAUGCACUAUAUGCCAUGAAAAGUUUACGAGAAUGGAAAACCGAACACGUCACAUGGCAAUUCACACCGGCGAACGGCGAUUUAACUGUGACGUGUGUGGCAAGGGAUUCUCGCAGUUAAAUCGUUUAAAUGUCCAUCAGAGGAUCCACAGUGGCGAGCGUCCAUUUCAGUGCGAAGUGUGCGGGAAGGCGUUCGGUAGGAUAGACCAUAAAAACAGUCACAUGAAGACACACAAUUGGGUCAAAAUCAAAGAAGAGGCCAGCAAACAAAUUGUUGCCGCUAGUGACGCACAACAGUCCGAUUCGGCGGUUGAUCCUCAAAUACCGAUAGCGGUCAGCGUCAGAACCGAAUCGUCAAUCGAACAGGAAAAAGUAUUCAAAUGUCCGACGUGCGACAAAAUGUUUUCGCGCAAGGACCACCUGAACCGACACAUUUUAAUACAUUCCGGCGCCAAGCCAUUCGAGUGCGACAUUUGUGCAAAGUCUUUUUCCCGGAAAGACAACAAGUACAAACAUAUGGCCAGCUGUUUGCUCGUCAAUUUUGGCAUUGUUGUGAAAAGGCCGCACAUUGGAGUGCCCGGUGCUAAUGAAUACGGAUGCGAUCCUCCCGAUUUCCGGAGUCUGGAAGAGAAAAUCAACGAAAAAAUGUACGAAAUUCAAUGCGGCAACAUCCAGCCAAUAACGAGCGAAGCGGACGAAAAUUUGGACUCCAGUGAAAUGGACGCCAAAGACACAGACGAUGUGGAGAUCGUACUGGUUGCACCUGAUAUCAACUUGAAUGCCAAUUCGGAUGAGGGGACCUGUAACAAGGACGAUGCUUCGUCCGGUGAGCCGGAUAAUGAUGGUAAAGACGAUUCGUGUGAAGACCUACUCACUCCAAUGAAAACAACCGACGACAACAAAACGGUAAAUAAGUCAGAGGAUGGGCUGUUUCGAUGCCAAGUCUGUAAUAAAGUUUUCCUGAACCGGAACCAUCUGAAUCGUCACGCCAUUAUUCAUUCCGGAGUGAAACCGUUCAAAUGUGAUCAGUGCGAUAAAGGUUUCUAUCGUAUGGAGCAUCUGCAGCGCCACGUUAUCAUCCAUACCGGUAUCCGACCGUACAAGUGCAAUUUUUGCGAUAAAAGCUUUUUCCAAGUGGGCGAUCAGAUGAAACAUCUCAUGACACAUAUCAACGGUGACAUGGCCAAGGCUGAAGCGCACGACGACACUGUUACAGCGGAUACAGAGCCUGGCCAGCCGCAAACGUUCGCUUGUGAUAAGUGUGACAAGGUCUACACUAAACGAAGCCAUCUGAAACGGCACUACAGCAUCCAUUCAUCACAGAAACCGUUCAAAUGCAACAUAUGCGGUCAAGGCUUUUCGCGGCUGGAACAUCAGAAGCGCCAUAUGACCAUCCACAGCAACCAGAAACGAUACGAAUGCGAAUUUUGUGAUAAAAAAUUCAACCGACCCGACCAUAUGCUGUGCCACAUAAAGACGCAUCGGAACGUGAAACCGUACAAGUGUAACCAGUGCGGUGAACGGUUCGAAACGUCCAAGGAAAAGGUGGAACAUUUGAGGAUCCACUCGGGCGCUUAUCGAUGCGAGAUGUGCCAUGUUCGGUUCGAAUUGUACGUGAAUUUGAUUGAGCAUAGACGAGUUGUGCAUGGCGUCCUGCCCAAGAGUGACGUUGAAGGGAAACUGAAUGUUAAGGUGAAGGUGAGGUCAUCCGAUCGGUAUCCGUGUCCGAUUUGUUUUACAGUCUAUCAGGUAACUGAACUGGGCGAUCAUAUUCGAGGUCACAUCGACGACACUGCAGACGAGAAUGUUGAAACAACUACCGAUGUCGAUACGGAUAAUGACUUACUGACGAAAGUCAAAGUGGAGGUGGACUAUGACGAUGACUAUGAGGAAACUGCUGCCAUUUCGGAUGGCAUGCUGGACGAUGGAUAUGUAGCAGAAUCGGAGCAAAUGAACAGUUACGACGAGAAUGCAGAUUAUGAACAUGAUGAGGGGCUGAUGGAAGAGGAUGAAGAGGAUAUUUUACAGCAGGAGGACGACCUUAAUUCCAGUUAAUUCCGACGAUUCAAAGUGGUGAUUAUUUUUUGGUUUUGUAAAUGACAUUAGUCUUAAGUGUGGAGUGUGUUUGUUGUGCAAAUGAGUCAACGUUUAUUCUAAUUUAUUUGGAUCUUUCCUCGGCUUCUUAUUUGAAAUAAAUUGUGAGAAAAAUU